CGCGCCCAGGACGGCCGGGACACCCCGCUGGGGAUGCGCCGAAGGCCCCGUAUUCGCGCUGCCCAGAGCUAGGGCUCUGCCCGGAGCCCAUGAGCACCAUGCGCCUACUGACACUCGCCCUGCUUUUCUCCUGCUCCUUUGCCCGCGCCGCGUGCGACCCCAAGAUCGUCAACAUCGGAGCUGUGCUGAGCACGCGGAAGCACGAGCAGAUGUUCCGUGAGGCGGUGAACCAGGCCAACAAGCGGCAUGGCUCCUGGAAGAUCCAACUCAAUGCCACCUCCGUCACCCACAAACCCAACGCCAUCCAGAUGGCCCUGUCGGUGUGCGAGGACCUCAUCUCCAGCCAGGUCUACGCCAUCCUAGUUAGCCACCCACCUACCCCCAACGACCACUUCACUCCCACCCCCGUCUCCUACACAGCCGGCUUCUACCGCAUCCCCGUCCUGGGGCUGACCACCCGUAUGUCCAUCUACUCAGACAAGAGCAUACACCUGAGCUUCCUUCGCACGGUGCCGCCCUACUCCCACCAGUCCAGCGUGUGGUUCGAGAUGAUGCGCGUCUACAGCUGGAACCACAUCAUCCUCCUGGUCAGCGACGACCACGAGGGCAGGGCCGCGCAGAAGCGCCUGGAGACGCUGCUGGAGGAGCGCGAGUCCAAGAGUAAAAAAAGGAACUAUGAAAACCUCGACCAACUGUCCUAUGACAACAAGCGCGGACCCAAGGCUGAGAAGGUGCUGCAGUUCGACCCGGGGACCAAGAAUGUGACGGCCCUGCUGAUGGAGGCGCGGGAGCUGGAAGCCCGGGUCAUCAUCCUCUCUGCCAGCGAGGACGACGCUGCCACCGUGUACCGCGCAGCCGCGAUGCUGAACAUGACCGGCUCCGGGUACGUGUGGCUGGUGGGGGAGCGCGAGAUCUCAGGGAACGCUCUGCGCUACGCCCCGGACGGCAUCAUCGGACUGCAGCUCAUCAAUGGCAAGAACGAGUCAGCGCACAUCAGCGACGCCGUGGGAGUGGUGGCCCAGGCAGUGCACGAACUACUGGAGAAGGAGAACAUCACCGACCCGCCCCGGGGCUGCGUGGGCAAUACCAACAUCUGGAAGACAGGGCCGCUCUUCAAGAGAGUGCUGAUGUCUUCCAAGUACGCAGACGGGGUGACAGGCCGCGUGGAGUUCAAUGAGGAUGGGGAUCGGAAGUUUGCUAACUACAGCAUCAUGAACCUGCAAAACCGCAAGCUGGUGCAAGUGGGCAUCUACAACGGCACCCAUGUCAUCCCCAAUGACAGGAAGAUCAUCUGGCCAGGUGGAGAGACAGAGAAACCCCGAGGGUACCAGAUGUCCACCAGGCUGAAGAUUGUGACGAUCCACCAGGAGCCUUUCGUGUACGUCAAGCCCACGCUGAGCGAUGGCACAUGCAAGGAGGAGUUCACUGUCAAUGGGGACCCGGUCAAGAAAGUGAUCUGCACCGGACCCAACGACACGUCGCCAGGCAGCCCUCGCCACACGGUGCCUCAGUGCUGCUACGGCUUCUGCAUCGAUCUGCUCAUCAAGCUGGCGCGCACCAUGAACUUCACCUACGAGGUGCACCUGGUGGCUGAUGGCAAGUUCGGCACUCAAGAGCGGGUGAACAACAGCAAUAAGAAGGAGUGGAAUGGGAUGAUGGGCGAGCUGCUCAGCGGGCAGGCGGACAUGAUCGUGGCGCCGCUGACCAUCAACAACGAGCGUGCACAGUACAUCGAGUUCUCCAAGCCCUUCAAGUACCAGGGCCUGACCAUUCUGGUCAAGAAGGAGAUCCCCCGGAGCACGCUGGACUCGUUCAUGCAGCCCUUCCAGAGCACGCUGUGGCUGCUGGUGGGGUUGUCGGUGCACGUGGUGGCCGUGAUGCUGUACCUGCUGGACCGCUUCAGCCCCUUCGGCCGGUUCAAGGUGAACAGUGAAGAGGAGGAGGAAGACGCGCUGACCCUGUCUUCGGCCAUGUGGUUCUCCUGGGGCGUCCUGCUCAACUCGGGUAUCGGGGAAGGCGCCCCCCGAAGCUUCUCAGCGCGCAUCCUGGGCAUGGUGUGGGCCGGCUUCGCCAUGAUCAUCGUGGCCUCCUACACCGCCAACCUGGCGGCCUUCCUGGUGCUGGACCGGCCGGAGGAGCGCAUCACGGGCAUCAACGACCCACGGCUGAGGAAUCCCUCCGACAAGUUCAUCUACGCGACGGUGAAGCAGAGCUCGGUGGACAUCUACUUCCGGCGGCAGGUGGAGCUGAGCACCAUGUACCGACAUAUGGAGAAGCACAACUACGAGAGCGCCGCCGAGGCCAUCCAGGCCGUGCGGGACAACAAGCUUCAUGCCUUCAUCUGGGAUUCGGCGGUGCUGGAGUUCGAGGCCUCGCAGAAAUGCGACCUAGUGACCACUGGCGAGCUGUUCUUCCGCUCGGGCUUUGGCAUCGGCAUGCGCAAGGACAGCCCCUGGAAGCAGAACGUCUCCCUGUCCAUCCUCAAGUCCCAUGAGAACGGCUUCAUGGAAGAUCUGGACAAGACGUGGGUGCGGUACCAGGAGUGUGACUCUCGCAGCAACGCCCCUGCUACCCUCACCUUUGAGAACAUGGCAGGGGUCUUCAUGCUGGUGGCUGGGGGCAUCGUGGCCGGGAUCUUCCUGAUCUUCAUUGAGAUCGCCUACAAGCGACACAAGGACGCUCGCCGGAAGCAGAUGCAGCUAGCGUUUGCAGCCGUGAACGUGUGGAGAAAGAACCUGCAGGAUAGAAAGAGUGGUAGAGCAGAGCCCGACCCUAAAAAGAAAGCCACAUUUAGGGCUAUCACCUCCACCUUGGCUUCCAGCUUCAAGAGACGUAGGUCCUCCAAAGACACGCAGUACCAUCCCACUGAUAUCACGGGCACGCUCAACCUCUCAGAUCCCUCGGUCAGCACCGUGGUGUGAGGCCCCCGGAGGCGCCCACCUGCCCAGUUAGCCCGGCCAAGGACACUGAUGGGUCCUGCUGCUCGGGAAGGCCUGAGGGAAGCCCACCCGCCCAAGACUGCCCACCCUGGGCCUCCCAUCUGUCUGUCCGCCCUGCUGCCGGGCGGGCAGCCCCUGCUGGACCGAGGCUCGGACCAGAGCGGCUGAGGACAGGCCAGAGCUGAGCUGGCUGGGCAGGGCCGCAGGGCACUCCGGCAGAGGCAGGGCCCUGGGGUGUCUAAGCAGUGGGGGAGAGGGGCUAACCUGGCCCCGGAGGGGCUUGGAGCAGAGACUGAAGCCCCAGCCUUCCCCAGCCACUACCAGAGCCACAGUGGGGAUGCGAGGCACAAGUAGCUGGGCCACCCCCUCCUCCAGCGCCUGCUCUUGGCUUGGCAGCCUCGGCUCCACCCCUCUCCUUUUCUUACCCUCGUCCCUUCUCGGCUUGACCCCCAUCCAUCCAGCUGGCCCUGCCCGUCCCCAACGGCAGACUCUGACCCUCAGUGGGCAGCUGCCUCCCAGGAGUGCGCUGGGGUUCUCCGCUGCCUCUGACCCUUUCGUCCGGUCUCCGCGAGGGCUGAGCCAGCCGUUUGCCUCCUCCAGCCUGCAGCCCAAGAUAGGCUUUCCCCCACGCGCUGGCUCCGGACUGUCCUCAGCCCUGCCCGCCAACUUGUACAGGCCCAGCCCUUCCAGUGUCGAGCGCGUGCCUUCCCCGUGCGGCCCGUGCGCAGCCGCGCGCUGCCCCUCCGCCUGGGGGCCCGGCGCGCACUGCCCCUGACCCGGUUUGUGCAGUGGUGAUGUCUAAAGGAAUGUCACGAAAA